CAGCGGCCUGAGCUGCGCUUCUUGCUUCCUUGCAGGGUGUCUUUUAUGAAUAAUCAAAAGCCGCAGAAGCCGACGCUAUCAGGCCAGCGUUUUAAAACUAGAAAAAGAGAUGAAAAAGAGAGGUUUGACCCUACUCAGUUCCAGGACUGCAUUAUUCAAGGUUUAACUGAAACUGGCACUGACUUGGAGGCAGUAGCAAAGUUUCUUGAUGCUUCUGGUGCAAAACUUGACUAUCGCCGCUAUGCAGAAACACUUUUUGACAUCCUGGUGGCUGGCGGAAUGCUGGCCCCAGGUGGUACCCUGGCAGAUGACAUGACACGCACAAAUGUCUGUGUAUUUGCAGCACAGGAAGACCUUGAAACCAUGCAAGCAUUUGCUCAGGUUUUUAACAAGCUAAUCAGGCGUUACAAGUACCUGGAGAAGGGCUUUGAAGAUGAAGUCAAAAAGUUGCUGCUGUUCCUGAAAGGGUUCUCAGAGUCUGAGCGGAACAAACUGGCCAUGUUGACGGGUAUUUUGCUAGCCAACGGAACACUUAAUGCAUCAAUUCUCAACAGUCUUUACAAUGAGAACUUGGUUAAAGAAGGUGUUUCUGCAGCUUUUGCAGUCAAGCUGUUCAAAUCAUGGAUAAAUGAGAAAGAUAUUAAUGCAGUGGCUGUCAGUCUUCGUAAAGUAAAUAUGGAUAACAGGCUGAUGGAACUCUUCCCAGCCAACAAACAAAGUGUUGAACACUUCUCCAAGUAUUUCACUGAAGCAGGACUAAAAGAACUUUCCGAGUAUGUUCGGAACCAGCAAACCAUAGGAGCUCGGAAGGAGCUGCAGAAAGAGCUUCAGGAGCAGAUGUCACGGGGAGAUCCGUUCAAGGAUAUAAUCUUGUAUGUGAAAGAGGAGAUGAAGAAAAACAACAUCUCAGAACAGACUGUGGUAGCCAUAAUCUGGUCGAGUGUCAUGAGCACAGUGGAAUGGAACAAGAAGGAGGAGCUGGUAGCAGAGCAAGCCAUUAAGCACUUGAAGCAAUACAGCCCUCUACUUGCUGCCUUUACUACUCAAGGUCAGUCAGAGUUGACUCUUCUGUUGAAGAUUCAGGAGUAUUGUUAUGACAACAUUCACUUCAUGAAGGCCUUCCAGAAAAUAGUGGUGCUCUUCUAUAAAGCUGAAGUUCUGAGUGAAGAACCCAUCCUGAAGUGGUAUAAAGAUGCGCAUCUUGCAAAGGGAAAAACCGUUUUUCUAUAG